CUUAUGAGCAGUACAAAGUAUUAUUAUUUAAAUAUAAAGGUAGUGUCUUUUAAAAUUGAACUUAAUAUCACUUAACUAUGUAAUCUCUCACUUAAAUUACUGAACAUUAAACAUUAGAAAUGAAUAAUGGUCAUUCUUUAAGAUUGUUUCCAAGUCAUCCUGAUACUCCAAAUAUUGUCUUAAGUAAUGGAAUUAUAAUUCCUAAUUAUUCUACUUAAUCUCAUUAUGAAAAACAUUAUGCUUUGUAAUACUAUGUAUGGACAAAUGGCUGCAGGAAGAUAUUGUUAAAUAGGUAGUCAAGGUAUAGAAUACUUUAGUUAAUUCAAAUUUCAAUGGUAUUAUCAAGAGAUCAUCAUGAUAUUUCUGGAAACACAGUCCAUUUAGAGAGAACGCAGAUAUAUAUGACGGUUCUUAAUUC